AUGGCCGACCAGCAUCAAACCCUCCGACUUGGCAGCAUCGCCCCUGAUUUUGAGGCAGAGACCACCCAGGGCAAAAUCAAGUUCCACGAGUGGUUAGGCGACUCUUGGGGCGUCCUUUUCUCCCACCCAGGAGAUUUUACUCCUGUCUGCACAACUGAGCUCGGUGAAGUCGCUCGCCGUGCCCCCGACUUUGCCAAGCGCAACGUCAAGGUUAUCGGUAUCUCCGCGAACGGUCUCGAGGAGCACAACCAAUGGAUUAAAGACAUCGAAGAGUAUGGUGGAAAAACAACCGGUCCUACCUACGUCGAUUACCCCAUCAUUGCUGAUGAUGAUCGCAAAAUCUCCUACUUGUACGACAUGCUGGAUUACCAAGAUGUUACCAACAGGGAUGCAAAGGGACUGCCAUUCACUAUUCGUACGGUUUUCAUCAUCGACCCUAAAAAGGUCAUCCGCCUGACCAUCUCUUAUCCUGCUGUUGCCGGACGAAACUUUGACGAAAUCAUACGUGUCAUCGAUGCCAUCCAGCUGGGCGAUAAAUACCGUAUCGCCACACCGGUUAACUGGAACAAGGGUGAAGAUGUUAUCGUCCACGCUAGUGUUAACAAUGAGGAGGCGAAAACCUUGUUCCCUCAGCACAAGGUCCACUAUCCUUACCUCCGGACGACGCCUUUGAAAGUGGAUUAA